AUGCUUCUCCAGCGAAUCUUCGGCUAUGGCUCCUAUUAUCGUCGCAUCGGGAGUGUCACGACUCCUGAGCCUAGCAUAUCUGCCCUCGCUAUGUCUCCGGAUUGCACCAUGUUGGCAGCAUGCGGCAAGAGCGGCGUAUACCUCUGGCUCCUUCCCAUUAUGCGCCCGGUACCUGUCCCUAUCGAUUUUGGGUACUGGUCAAGGGGAGCCGUCGUCUGCGCCAAGUGGGCGCCCGCCAACGCCCCUUCGUUGCUAGCCUUCGGCACGACCAAAGGUUUUCUGACGAUAUGGUCUAAAGAACCGGCAGGGGUCCAAUCGGUCCCGCUCAUGGUUGAGCAGUUUCAGCGCGCCGUGUCUGAAGGCCGCGCGGUCACCUGCCUCAACUGGAGUAUGUCCACAACACACAGACCCAUGUUGGCCGUCGGUACGAACGACGGCCUCAUUCAUCUCUUCUCUGUGGGGGAAGCCCAUCAACCCCAAUCAGUGUGGUCGGUCAAAUGUCAACCGCACAUACGACCGCUCCAGGUCGGGUUCCCGACCCCAGGGCGCGAAGAAGUUGUGGUUAUUGGCAGAGAUCGAGGCGAUGUGACGUUCACUGCACUCCUCUUCCGUGACCGCAAUUGUGUCGUCAGAGGGUCCGCGGACAUUCGAAGCUUGGCGACUGCAGACGGAGUGGAGUUCGUGGUGAACGAACUCGCUGGCGCAUUCAGACUUCACGAAUAUCGCCACGGCAGCAUAGAUCACGUCCGCGAACUGGUGACCAACCAGAAAGGCUUCCCGCCGGCGACACCGAGGCAGAUCAGAUUCGGCGGCGCAGGCGAAGAAAUCGUCCUCGCGGGCAAUCCUGGCGUCGUCUGCGUCUUCCGGAAAACAUCGGGCGGCCUCGAAGCAAAGCUUCGCCUGAAGUCUACCACCUCGCCGGCCAUCGAGACGGGCGCAACACCUGAGCACGCUUUCGUUGCCGCAAGCGGCGUCCAUAAGGGCUUAGGUUUCAUCGCCGUCUGGAGUCGACAGCGCCCAUCCGAGGCUAUCGCGCGAAACAGAAUGGCAGGUCAUGCACUGGCUUCAGUGCCCGGUCAAGUCGCGCUUAUGACCACCGACAACUCCAUGCUGGCGCGCGCGUCGACUCUCAUCUGGUCCAUCGUUGGGCUCCUGGCACUGUUCAAUCUCACGCGUCUGACGUUCCCAGAUUUACGCCCCUGGUGCGGAUACGGAAAGGUUUUGCACGUCUGGCCCUACGACACGCUGGUUGGCCGCGACGGCGGUUUCGCCAUCUCGCCGAGCUCCUAUCUCGCACGCUAUUUCUAUUAA